AUGGAGAGCAUCUCGAACUCCCCGUCAUCGGACAGUGGUUCUCCUUUGAGAACGCAAGGGCAAGGCGCUAGCACCGACACUUCGCCGAGCAACUCUAACUCUGGCCCGACGCCAGCGGCAUCCACCUCCGGGCCGCCAUCGGGUGCAGACGAUGUAUCCCCGCUCGGAGACGGCGAAGAGACGCAACGUGAAUUGACAUCUGUGCAACGCGUAAAGUUGAAGAGGAAUCGGCUUAUCCUGAGCUGCCAACCUUGUCAUAAGCGGAAACAGCAGUGUGACCGCGGUCAUCCCUGCUUUCGGUGUGUGAAGCGUGGUACUAUCGCCGAAUGUGUGUACGAGCAGCCUCCUCAGUUGAGUAAGCGCAAGAAUCAUGGCGAUGGCGACCCAGAGUCAGACAGCCAACACGGCGACUCGUUCACGAACCUCGACUCCCUUACCAGCCCAGCUCGCUCCGCUAGUCACCAUGCCGAGCCAUCUCCCUCAGGCUACAGGCAGUACACGCACGACACUGGCCCUACAGAUGAUUCGUUCCAAGCCAGCUUCGAGACUUUGAUCGCUGCUCACAGCACGAGUUCGCCGGUAACGCCGUUCGACUCUGCGACGACCAGCUCUGUGCAAGAAGCGGCCGCGGCUCUUGGACAGCUCGCGCAGUCUGGUGCGCCCCCGCCGAUGACCUGCAACCCGACGAGCAAUGUCGGACUGGAGACGGGCAUACCGCGAGUAACGAUGCCUGGGAACGCGUUCGUGGAUAUGUUACGGCUCCCUGGUGUUGCAGCUUUUCGUACGAUGAUGACCGUCUCGGAAUGGGCGAAAGACUUUCCCAACCCCAAUCUUCAGCAAUACCUGUACAACUACUACUUCGACAAGUCUUCGCUUCAUUGGUACUGGCCGUUCGUGCACCGACCUUGUUUUGAGCAAUUGUUCCAACACAAUCUACAAAAGAACGUACCUCUUGACCUCGAAUUCCUCACUUUAACCGCUAUCGUCAUGGCUCUCGCCCUCCAGUUUCUUCCAGAGACUGAUGACGACGCAUUCAUAUUUGCAGACCAUCCUGUGGAUCGGCACAAGCUCAAAGAGCGCAUGCACGCGUUUGCGGAUAUGUCGUUGCAUGGGUGGACGGAGUAUCCGGAUGCGUCUUUUCAGCGCGUACAAGCACAUGCUCUAUACUCUAUGUACGAAUGGCACGCCGGUAACGCCGGUAUUGCAUACUUCGACUGUGGACUGGCAAUCCGCAUGGCUCAAACAUUAUCAAUGAAUCGUGACCCAAUCAAGCACUGGGGAAUACCAGCAUAUCCUGCUGAGGUUAAACGGCGACUAUGGUGGCUUCUUGUCAUCCUCGAUAGAUGGCACUGUAUCCAUUUCAAUCGGCCAUACAUGAUCAUGGAACAUCACAUGGACGUCGAAUACCCGUCUAACCUUGACCAGAGCGAUAUCAUCGACGUCCCGGAACUCAUCCCCAAGCCCUUGGAAUUCGCAACGGAUUACCUUUUCCACAUCGUUCAUGCUCGAUACGGCAGGCUUAUUGGGCGUGUGUAUGACAACUGCUUCAGCUUGACCCUGCCGACAUACAAAGACGUUCUGGACCUGGAGGAGCAGGUUAGGAAGUUUGAGCUUGAUGUCCCCGCCUCCUUGCGUUAUCAGACCACGAGUGACGAUAGGUUGCGCCCGUAUCUCUCGUUCCAGAACAAGAUGUUGACACUGGAACUCGGGUGUAUGCGCACUUACAUGCUCGCCCCAUUCCUCUUCGUACACCCGGUCUCUCCCGACGACAUGCUACACCAGAAUCAGGAAGAACGCAAGCUUGCCGACUUCCAUAGGCACGCGAAGACGGUGUGCAUCAUGUUUGCGAAACGCAUGCUCGCGCUACUCAACAUGUUCUACGACCAAGCCGAUCCGUCACAACUCAUAUACCCAUCCAUCUCCGUCAUGGCGUAUACUGCGUCCAUAGUCUUGAUCAUCGCGAUGGUCAUCGAGCCGAGCAACCCGGAGAACGAUGAACUGGACGAAUGGAUCACGCUCGCCGAAGACCUCUUGAAGCUCUUCAAAACCCGGAAUGUCCUGGCAAAACGCGCCCUACCACUGCUCCACGUAAUCCGGCGUCGUAGCCUCAUGACGCGGUGCAUCAGUCAACCACCACGAGGUCCUGUCGUAGACGGGAGCUACCAGUGUUCUAUCGGCCGGCCGGACCCGGUCUUCACUUCUUCAGAGCGGUUGCAGCGUGCGACGAGGGUGCUUUCUCACCCAGCGCCGUCUGUUACGGAUCUCCUCGGCCCGACAUUGAGUAACGACCAUAUCUGGGCCGGCUUGCGACCUGGCGUAUAUGCUUCGCAUAUGCCUGGAGUCGAGUCUCUCAGCGGGUCUGUUGAUCCUCAACAACUCGACGAUUUCUUUGAUAGCUGUACCGCUAUGCAGUCUCGUAGUCCGCCUGUUCUUUCCGCUUAA